AAGUGUCGCUAACCGCUAGGCAAUAGAGUCAGCUUACGGGGUGGGGCGCAAGCAAGCGUAGCGAAUCACAUAGAGUUGCCCCUACCUGCCAGCGCGCAGAUAGAUAGGGCGGGCGAGCGCAGGGAUGGAUGUCUGAGCGGUUGAAAGAGUCGGUCUUGAAAACCGAAGUAUUGAUAGGAAUACCGGGGGUUCGAAUCCCUCUCCAUCCGCGAGGUCAUAAGUUCUCUCUUGCCUUGUCUAUAGAUAAGAACGAAUCUCCUCGACUCGACUGAUAUGAUGGAUGGAAUGGGUAGAAGGUUGAGGUUAUUGUGUGUUGAUUUAGUUAGGACUUUGUCUCCCUUUCGUUAUCUUCCGCCCCGGGUGGAUGACCUGUGGGAGCUAAGUCGAAGAUCUCGGUGUCGUCGUGAGUGGUUGAUAAACAACGAUUGCAGUUUGAUUUAGGGAGUCCCAACCCUGUGAAGCUUAACAGACAAAGAAAACGAUAGAGACUUCCGGGUAUAGGGUGACGACCUUAAUGAAUCAAGUAUUCAGGUGGCAGAGUUUUGAGCUACAUAAGCGCUCAAAUUCCGGAAUACUUAUUGCCCCAAAAAUAUGAUCAACCCCAGGUACAUUUAUUAGGUUUUGAUCUGAGGCUAUCCUGGUCUGCAGGACCCAACACAAGUAUUCAUCCUUUCCAAUCUGAAAAAGGUGUUGCCGAAAGCUUACCCUCUUCCACACGGAUGCUACAGCCGCUAUCACUUUUGCAGGAGGGGAAUUACAGAGUUCGCCUCUCGACAUCUUGUUUGGUAAGCGGAAUUUUGACCCAGGCGCCCUAGUGUUGCCUAACCGUUCGGCCGGAGAUGUCGGAUGCGAGAUCUUUAGCUACUUGUAUCAAUUUGCCGCAGUGUGCUUAGAUACAAUGGGCUGGCAGCUGAGGCUUGGCAGGAUGGGGGAGUUAAUUAAGGUCGAGGGAGCAGGAAAGAGUUUGUUAUUCGCUAUUGGCUUAGUACGGCCUAUACAUAAUAGGGCCAUGACGGUUUUGGCAAGGCCUUGAACUUCAUAUAUCCCUUUUUUACUCAAUCCAGAAUACCGAGAAAGUCAGAUUGAAUCAUUUUGUCGACCUUUCCUUUGGAUUUAUUAUCAUAGGUAGUGUUCGAGAUCGCCUCUGUGCGGUGAACGCUCGAAUGUAGCUAACAUCAGUUUUGUCCUCGCGUGGUUGAAGGAGAUGCUGCUGCUGGAUGGAAUGCUUCCGGGGCGCCAUGAUCCUUCUAUCAGGAAUAGAAUAAUCGAGGGCACUGACUGACUGCAUCAAUCAUCGCUCAGUGAGCUAUUAAUUGCCGCCAAUAGCGCUUCGCUUGCAUGCAAGGCGGCUAAUAAAAGCGCCAGGUAGACGCGCGGAGAUGCAUUUUGAGUACUGGUGGUACUGGACAAGCUCUAGGGGAAUAAUCUCUUUCUUAUUUCUUUCUUAUUUCUUUCCCAUGACGACUAGGAACGGGCAAAUCAAGAAUUUCACUUCGAAUUCCGGACCUCAACAUCCUGCUGCUCAUGGUGUUUCACGAUCAGUAUUGGAAAUGAACGGAGAAGUGGUGGAACGUGCGGAACCACAUAUUGGAUCACUCCAUAGAGGGACUGAGAAAUUAAUCGAGUACAAAACUUAUCUUCAAGCUUUACCUUAUUUUGAUCGUUUAGACUAUGUUUCUACGAUGGCCCAAGAACACGCUCAUUCUUCAGCCGUAGAGAGACUUUUGAAUUGUGAGGUACCAUUACGAGCUCAAUAUAUAAGAGUGUUAUUCUGUGAAAUAACUCGAAUUUCAAAUCAUUCACUUGCUUCAACUACUCAUGCUAUGGAUGUGGGAGCAUCAACUCCGUUCCUUUGGGCUUUUGAGGAGCGGGAGAAAUUGUUGGAAUUCUAUGAAAGAGUCCCGGGAGCCAGGAUGCAUGCCAGUUUCAUACGACCUGGUGGAGUGGCACAAGAUCUGCCUCUUGGCUUAUGUCGAGAUAUUGAUUCCUCCACACAACAAUUUGCUUCUCGUAUCGACGAAUUAGAAGAGAUGUCAACCGGCAACCGUAUCUGGAAACAACGAUUAGUGGAUAUUGGUACUGUCACUGCACAGCAAGCAAAGGAUUGGGGAUUCAGUGGUGUAAUGUUAAGAGGUCCUGGGGUAUGCUGGGAUUCGCGAAGAGCAGCACCUUACGAUGUUCAUGACCAAUCGGAUCUUGACGUACCAGUAGGUACCAGAGGAGAUCGCUAUGAUCAUUACUGUAUCCGUAUCGAAGAGAUGCGACAAAGUGUUCGGAUCAUUGUGCAAUGGGUCUAA